AUGGAGUCGAAUAAAACCUUUUCGAUCAUCGUCAUCGUCACGUUGAUCACAAUAUUAACGCCAACGCCUGUAAAUUCCAAAUGUACCUUCGUCGCAAGAUCUCUACUCCAGGCUUAUCCUCCCUCCGAGUCAGAUUCUCCAUCUCCUGCAUCGGCUUCGGCUCCGGCAUGUCCUCCGAAAGAUAUAGACUAUCACACGGCGUCACCAGCGUCUCCCGCCAAUUCCCCUCCUCCGACGGAUACAAGUAUCGACUCUCCGGUAGCGUCACCAUCUGAGGUUCCCGCCGGUUCCCUUUCCCCUGCCGAUGCUUCAACGGAAGAUUCUCCGGCUGCGUCACCAUCUGACGUUCCCGCCGAUUCCAUUUCCGACUCUCCCGCAGCGUCACCAGAUGCUCCCACCGGUGCCGUUUCCUCAGACGCUCCGUCAGGAAAGACGCUAUUCAACGCGCCUAAGAAUCUAUUGAAGCCAUUAAUGUUAUCUCCGGAGAUCAAAACCAUCUGCGGCAAAACAGAUUUCCCUUUGCUGUGCGAAUCUUCAAUUAGUCCUCUGCUAACGGCUCAGCUGAUACCGGACACUACCUCCGUCCUCGUUCUCGCAAUCCAGGCCUCGAUGAACGCGACCAAGGCCGCGAUUGCGACCGUCCAGAAACUAGACGCCGCCGAUUGCCAGGAGCUGUACGACGACGCCGUGGCGAAUUUGGAGGACGCGGUUAACGCCCUCAAGGCACGUGACAUCGCCACCGUGAACACAAACCUUAGCGCCGCCAUGACGGAUUUCGGCACGUGCAACGACGGUUUUGAGGAAUCGGGUGAGCCUAACCCUUUGGCUGACGUGGCCGAUAACCUGACGAAGAUGGUGAGUAACUGUCUCGCAAUCUCUACGUUGAUCAAGUGA